GAGCCCGUGACCGAAAGUUGUCCGGCUCGAGCAACACUGGAAGGUAACGUGCGUUUUAGCGAUUCAAAAACUCGUUGCAAGUAACAUUUUAUCAGCAAAAUUGAGUCUAAAGUUAAGGUUUAAGAAACUGUUUUGUUAGUAUUUUAUUGAGUACCUCAAACGGUUUGAUAUUGCUAUGCUGUGUAAGCUAACACGAGUGUGUUUGUAGCAUUUAGCUUGGAAACAUGUACUUCAGAGUCCACAUACCUGAGGGACUGAGCGUUGUUGACUGAAAUAACUUUGAAUUUACCAGAAAAGAUAAAAGAAAAGAAAACAGUAGUGUAAAUUAGUUAAAUAAAUAGUUGUCAUUUUCUAACAGCCUCUUUUCUUCUUGUUCACAUAUCAAGCAGCAUGUCUGAGGCUUUAAUCCAGCGUAUAAAGCAGCUGGAAACAGAGCUGGAAAAACUCAAGUCCCAACUGAAAGAGAGCAGUGAAGCUGGAGAUGACACUCACCUGAAGUCAAGUCUACCCGAUGGUAACACCACCAGCAGCAUCAGCAACAGCAAAAAGGGGAAGAAAGCAGCCAAAGACCGUCCUUUUGACUUCUCGGCCCAUCCUCGGCGACAUGUGGCUUUGCGGCUGGCAUACCUCGGAUGGGCAUACCAGGGCUUUGCUGUCCAGGAGAACACAGACAACACUGUGGAGGCCAGACUCUUUGAGGCUCUGCUUAAGACACGUCUGAUUCAGGAGAGACAGAGCUCGAACUAUCACCGGUGUGGUCGCACAGAUAAAGGAGUCAGUGCCUUUUCUCAGGUGAGUUCACAGAGAUUAAUGAGAGUAUUUAUUGUUGUCAUAUGCAGGAAGAUGGUCCUUUGUUGGUUUGUUUUCUUCCGCUUAUCCGGGUCCGGGUCACGGGGGCAGCAGCUUCAGGAGGGAAGCCCAGACAGCCCUCAUCCCAGCCACUUUCACCAGCUCCUCUAAGGGGAUUCGCCACACGAGAGAUAUAAUCCCUCCACCUGGUCCUGGGCCAGCCACAAGGUCUCCUCCCGGUGGGACAUGUCCGAAACACCUCUAACAGGAUGCCCGAGCCACCUCAGCUGUCUGCUCUCGAUGUGGAGGAGCAAUGGCUCUACUCUGAGCGCCUCCCGAGUGUCCGGGCUCUUUACCCUAUCUCUAAGGCUGAGCCCGGCCACCCUGCGGAUGAAACCCAUUUUGGCUGCUUGUAUCCGCAAUCUCGUUCGUUCGGUCAUUACCCAAAGUUCAUGACCAUAGGCGAGGGUCGGCACAUAGAUCGACCGCAAAAUCAAGAGUCUUGCAUUGAUGGUCCUGAACAAAGAAAAGCACAUCACACUUGUUUGCAUUUGUUUACAUACUGUUUGUGCUUUCUCCCCACAGGUAAUAACCAUUGAUUUGCGCUCCACACAGUUUUGUGGAGGACUGGGUAUCACACUCCCUGAAAACGUCGAUGUCAGCACCAAAAAUAAAACUUCUGGCUCAGAGCUUCCAUAUGUGAAGAUGCUGAACAGAGUUCUGCCUCAGGACAUCAGGAUCUUGGACUGGGCACCAGUAGCAGAGGGCUUUAGCGCACGCUUCGACUGUCAGUCCCGGACGUAUCGUUACUACUUCCCCCGAGGAUGCUUGGAUGUUGCUUUGAUGGCAGAUGCUGCAAAAAGGUGAGUUAAGACUUUUAGUUACUUAUACUGAUGUAUGUUCCAGUUUUUGACUUAAAGAAACCUGUGACACUCAACAGAUAUGAGGGGACUCAUGACUUUCGCAACAUUUGUAAAAUGGAUGUGGGAAACGGAGUCCUGCAGUUUGAAAGGACCAUCCUGUCAGCAUCGGUGAAGCCUGCACAGCAUGUCUCUGGUGAAAAUGAAUAUGACCUCUUCAUAUUUGAGAUUAAAGGACUGGCCUUCCUAUACCACCAGGUAUCAAAGGACACUAAACACAGACCCUAUCCGAUGAAUUAGGCUUUUUCAUUCCAAUCAGAUGGAUGAUUUGUUAUGUUUAAUUUCUUCCUCAUGCUAAGUAGUAAGUAGUUAAGAUAUUUGUUGGAUAAGGUUUCCUUUUUUGUGUGUUCUUGAUGCAGGUACGGUGCAUGAUGGCUCUGCUUCUCAUGAUAGGACAGAAACUUGAAGCCCCAGAGAUAAUUGAUCAGCUCUUGGAUGUUCAGACUAACCCCAGAAAGCCACAGUACAGGUGCAUCCACCGCUGUCAUUUUACUGAAAACACCAUAUUUAGUUUAAUUUAUUUAUCCUUUAAUCCUUUUUUUACAUAAAAGUUAAAAAAUAAUUUAACAUUCAUCUUUUUCCCUCUAGCAUGGCAGUAGACUAUCCACUGGUACUGUAUGAAUGCCACUUUGAAGGUUUGAACUGGCAACAGGAGAAUGAAGAGGUCAACCUAGUCCUGUCCACUCUUCAACAACACUGGACUCAAAGUGCAGUCAAAGCUCACCUCCUUCAGGGAAUGAUCCAGGGAUUGGAGGCCAUAGGUAGGAUUUGCCAUCAAUUCAGUAGACUUCUAAGUAACCUCUAUAGUUUUGAGUUUUAGUCUUCUGAGUUUCAAAAUAAACAUUAAUUUAGGUCUUGUCAAAUGUGGCACCAGACUUCAUUGAAAGUAUCAGGUCAACCAAUCUCUGUUUCGAGAAUCUGGGGUUUGGGAGUGUUUCUACAUCAGGAGCUCUCAGGUUUCUGUUCAUAGUAUGUUUGUAGUCUGGAUAGAAGUAACUACUAACAUUUUGCAAUACCAAUGUAAUGCCUCCUGAUUAUAUUGUCUUGUAGUCUAGGCCUGCAUCAAAGAUCUUGAUGAUCCAGAGUGUAUGACUGCCCUCUCUUGAUCUACAGGUGGAGCGUCCUCGAACCACUGCUGGCUGGUUGAAGGCACCAGGCAGAGAAACUACAAACCCCUGCUGGAGCGUCCGUGCUGCGAGAGCCUGGAGUCCAGGAUAAACCAUUUUGUCAAAAGAGGCAGACUGGAGCGAGAAGAAGGGGAGAAUGGGGGUGAAAUGGUCCACAGAGGAAAAAGGUCCAAACAUUCCCACAGUUCCCCAGGUCUGCCUGAUCCCUCGGAUGUGUUGACAUCAAAAAAUACUGCAGAUCACAAUGCAGAAGUUUAGUAUCUUCUAACAGGAGAAUGGACUUGAGAGUUUAUUUGGUUGCAUACAUUAAUAACAAGAAGGAUGUGCGAUAUAUUUACUUAAAGAAACAAAAUUAAGUUGCAUUUUGCUUUAUGUAAAUAUUUUUUUAAAUAAACACAUUUUGAAGAAA